AUGCCGACCAACUCCACCGUCGGGAUGGGUGAAUUGGUUGAAGAUACAGCUGGCGGUCGCAAACUCAGUGCUGCCGUGGAUGAUGAUGAGAAGCGCUCGGAGGAACUGGGGUCUGCCCCUUUUGGGCUUGUAUAUAGCUCCAAGGAAGAUGCGAGGGUCCGAUGGAAGCUCGACCUGAUCCUGCUGCCCAUGAUGGUGUGCACAUACGUCCUCAACUAUAUGGAUAAAGUCGCUUUAUCCGAGGCUUCCAUCUUUGGCAUCAAGGAAGAUCUGAACCUCCUGGGGCAGCAGUAUAGUUGGUCAUCCUCAAUAUUCUACCUGGGUUACCUGGUUUGGCAAUAUCCCAGCUCUCACUUGAUGCAGAAACUUCCCAUUGGACGAUACUUCGGUGUGCUGAUCUUUCUCUGGGGUCUCACCGCCUGCACCACGGCAUUCACAAAAGACUUUGCAACACUCUGCGUCAACCGCGUCUUCCUCGGUGUUUUCGAAUCAUGCAUGUUGCCCAUUCUCACGAUCCUCAUAUCCCAGUACUGGACACGUGAGGAGCAGCCUCUUCGCACGUCGCUUUGGUGGUCCGCCAGUGCUGUCGGAUCUUUCAUGGCCGAUGCGAUAACAUACGGACUCUCGGGUAGCGAUCAUUCAGGCUCCAAGUAUGCCGUCUGGCAAGUCGUCUACCUUGUCUUCGGGCCGAUGACGAUGUUCUGGGGUGUUGUUGUCUUUCUUGGCGUUCCGGCAUCGCCUUCGAAUGCAUGGUUCUUCAGCAAGAGAGAGCGCGACGUCGCUACUGAUAGGGUCCUUAAGAACCAUACUGGUAUCAAAAACACCGAAUACAAAUGGAACCAAGUCUGGGAAUGCCUCAGGGAUCCUCAGCCGUGGAUAUUAGCGAUACACGCCUUUCUUCAAUGCCUACAAGGAGGCGGUCUGACAUCGUUUUCAAAGAUCGUGUUGACUCAGACCCUCGGCUACACGAGUCGCCACGCCACGUUGAUGGCCAUGCCGUCCAACGCCAUCCACCUUGUUUCAGUAGUCUUUGCUGGUUGGUUUUGCACUCGUUUUAAGAACACCAGGUGUUACGUCAUGGUCGCAACGAACAUUAUCGUCUUGAUAGGAGCCGUGUUAGUGGAUAACCUUCCACAAUCUAACCACCAAGGCCGACUUGCAUCUUUUUAUAUCAUUUAUGUCAAUACCGUCCCUUUCGGACUUGGCAUGAGUAUGCUGUCCUCGAAUAUCGCAGGGUUUACCAAGAAGUCGACCGCAAGCGUCAUGAUGUUCCUGGGCUACUGUCUUGGCCAAUUCACAGGCCCCCAAUUCUUCAUCACGCACGAGGCACCACAGUUCCAGACUGCUUUCAAAGGCUUUUACUCCUCAGUCGCUGCCAUGAUUAUCUUUGAAAUCGUUCUGCUCAUCUACAUCAAGUACCAGAACCAUCGUCGGGAUCGUCGCCAAGUUCAAGAAAUCCAUAACGUAAACAUUUCCGGGGAUGAUUUAGAUCUUACGGAUUGGCAGCAAGACUCGUUUAGAUAUAUUUGGUGA